AUCGCCGAGAACGCAGGCGCAAAUUAAAUGCACACUGAAUUGGAUUUUCCUUUUUAUUGUAAACGUUCAUUUCAGAGCAAUUAAACCAACAAUAACGCAUCCCUCGGUUCCUGGCGGUUUAGCAGAUGCACAUGGACCUCGCCACGACGCGUUCUUUUGGCACGGGCAGAGAUACUUUGGAGCGAGCUUGCGGGACACUACAGAAGGCGAGCCCUGACAGUUGCGUUUAGCAAUCGCAUUGAAAUAAGAAAGAACGGAAAGGAAAGGGAAUUGCAAAUUACCGGACUGUAUGUAUAGUCGUGUGAAUGGUGAUCACGGGGCAACAUUGGAUUCAUUAGAAAAAAAGAUCAGUAACGUUUUGAACAGACUCUUAAUACGAACUCCCAACUGUUUGGUGUUGAACUCGGGACAGAUAAUUCCAAGUUUACCUUGGUCGAGCUCGUGAAAGCCCAGAUGAGCACGUGUAAACACUGCUGCCGUUUUGUCUCGUGUGUUUUCCCCUCGUGAUUCUAUCCACAUAGAUGAGCAGCGCUUCGCACGAUACCAGUCAAGGGGGAUAGUACACUAACCUGGGCUGAAGAAAAACAAAGAACUGAAAAUAUUGCCCAUGACACCACCGGCAUUAUUAAUAGCUACAGCAUCUUUACCGUCGUUACGUGGAGCGUAAGAAACCUUUUUAAUAAAAAUUCAAUUAUUGGGGUUUUUUCGACAUGACAAUAUCGCAAAAAGAGACCCACCCAAGCAGUAACGGAGCACCGGAAAGUGAGCAUCAGUCUCAAUUCUCCACCGAGCGGGAUAUGCUGCUGUGAGGAGGAUGCGCUUCCCUCUAAAGAAAAUACGCAAGCAGUUCAAACUCCUCCUGCUCCUAGUACUGCUCACCUUCGCCGUCGGCUUCACGUACCUGCAUGUCAACCAGGGCAAAGCGAUCAAGCUCCACCUCAGCUAUGGGAAAGAUCCAGAGAGGCAGACAGAAGGUUUGGGGUCCAGCCACAAAAAGCACUCCCACUCCUCCAGUCAUGCAGACAGAGAGGAAUCCAAUGACAGUGGCGAGGAGACAAGGGGGGGUAAUGAGCUCAGUGAAUUUGGACAAGAGAGUCAUGGCAAUACAGAGAUCCGCCAACUUCUCAGCCAGAAGUUACUCAAGUUGCUAUGGAAACCAGAGUAUAAAGGACAGGCCAACCUACACGUGUUUGAGGACUGGUGUGGUUCUUCAGUGUCUCAGCUCAGGAAGAACCUCCACUUUCCCCUCUAUCCUCAUGCACGGACCACAAUAAAGAAACUAGCUGUGGCUCCAAAGUGGAAAAACUACGGCCUGCGGAUCUUCGGUUUUAUUCAUCCAUAUAAAGAUGGAGAUUUCCAGUUCGCUAUAGCUUCUGAUGAUAACUCAGAGCUGUGGCUGAGCUCUGACGAGAAUCCCCUCAAUGCUAGGCUCCUGGUGUACGUGGGACGGCAUGGAUCUGAGUGGACCGCUCCGGGUGAGUUCACCAAGUUCAGAUCUCAGACCUCCAAAUCUGUUCACCUGAUGUCCUGCAGGCGCUACUACUUUGAGAUUUUGCACAAGCAGGAUGACAAGGGCUCAGACCAUGUGGAGGUUGGGUGGAGGCCAUUUUUGCCUGGUCUGAAGUACGAUGUCAUCGACUCAGCCUAUAUUUCUUUGUACACAGAUGAGUCCGGCCUGAAGAUGAGCAGCGUGGCCCACGUUCCCCAGACCUUGGCCAGCCACACAAGCACUGUCCAGGAGACCCCCGGCCCAGAGACGCCAGCUGCAGAUAUGCUUAAACCAGACGCACGGGACACUUUCUACAAGAUCCCCAUGAUAGAUCGGUCCAGGGUGGAGAAGGUCCUGCCAUCCUGUCUCUAUUCCCCUACCUACAUAGUGAAGGACUUCCCUAUCGCCCGCUACCAGGGACUUCAGUUUGUGUAUUUGCCCUAUGUCUAUCCCAAUGAUUUCACAAGACUAACUCAUAUGGAGGGAGAAAAUAAGUGUUUCUAUCGGGAAUCCCCUGUGUACCUAGAAAAGUUUGGCUUCUAUAAAUAUAUGAAGAUGGAUGAGGAGAAGGACGAUGGGCCUGUAUUCUUUCCAAACCCUGAUGACUUCCUGGAGGAGGAGGAGGGCGCAGACCCAGAGGAAGACUCAGUCAACUCCAACAGUCACCCAAUUAGAAAGACAAGAAAUUCCAGCCUGACGCACCAGCUUUCAAGGUCCUGGUUUAGCACAGCCUCCACCAGGAUCAACCGCUUAAGAUGGGACUCGAAAGGCCACGCCCCGAGCCAGGAAGGUCCCUCUAUACAACUCAGACGGAAACGACCUGGGAGGAAGCCUAAGCAAGAAUACAGAGGGAGAGAGGAUGGAUCCAAUAUGAGCACUCAGGCAAAAGCACAGGAGAAAGAGGAGAUAAAAAAGAGAAAAGUGAAACCACUGAGGUUCAGCAAUGCCACUGGAACACAGCAUGGGGCUGUGAAUAAGAACAGAAAGAGUAAGGAAGAGGAAGAUGACCCACAAAUGAUUCACUCCCAUGGCCGUUCUUUAAUGUGGACUGCCCUCAGCCCUGUGCAUCAUGGUAAUAAUGUUAUUCCUCUAAGAAUGGGUAAAACUCCAAAAAUUUCACACCAGUCCCCUCUCCAUGCUUUAGCUAAUCACAUUCUAGGCAAUGUGGUACAUCCUGCAUCCCAUGUCUUGGAGAUCAAUCAAGAGAAAGAGAUUAAGAUGAAUAAAAUGUACAUCACUAGACACCACCCACCAAAAAGUAAGCCAAGGGAGAUGCCAAGGCCCCCUGUGGAGGUAUUCCCUGGGGUUUUCCUGUAUCAAACUGGAAGAGGCAAGAAACUUGUGGACCUCAGUUCAAGAAGUAAGUCAGUGAAAAGACACAGCAUGACCCCUCUCUUUUGGGCUAGUUACCCCCUGGCAACUCAUGAACUACCAACUCAGCAAAUCUCGCUAAAGCGCAGCUAUCCACUGCUAACCACCAGACAGGAACCAAAGGUCUCUCCUUCACACUCAUUCAAAAUAAGUCACUCUGCCUCCAUAUCAGAUCCUAUCAGCCCGUCACCACAAAGCCAAGAUGAGACAGACCCACUGGGUGCAAACGUGUCCGAGAACAACCUACCUGUGGCAACAGGCACCACGAAGGCCUCAGGAGCGGCUGAAGAUGAGUCAUUGCAAAUGAGGGCCGCUGAACCAGAGGAGGGCGGAGCCUCAGAGUACAGCUACGAGGAGACGGAGCCACAGCCAGGCUGGGCCGAGGAGGCCAUUGACUGGCAGCGGACCUUCACUGUCAACCCCGUGGAUUUUGAGCUGCUCCGGUCAGACUGGAACGACCUGAGGUGCAAUGUGUCCGGGAACCUGCAGCUGCCAGAGAAUGAGGCGGUGGACGUGCUCUCACAGUACAUAGACAAACUAAAUGAGCACAAUGGAGGAAUCUACACACUCCUCCGUAUUGUGAAUGUAGAGAAGCGCAGAGACUCAGCACGGGGGAGCCGGUAUCUGGUGGAGCUGGAGCUGAUGGAGGAGGGGAAGCGAGUCGUGCGCCUGUCCGAGUACGUCUACCUCCUCCUGCACCACAGCCGGCUGGACAACAGCAUGGGGAGCAGGGAGGGCGCCACUGCUUUCGCACCCCCUGUGCCAUCCAGAGCCCUGACCCGCGGCAUCUCCAGCACCCAGCCUCGGGCCCCCACACCCUUCAGGAGCCCCUGGGCUAAGCCCUUGCUCUGCCAACCCGCCAUGCUACAGUGGAGACCUGAUGUCAUGGUGCACUUUGUAGUUCCAGUGAAGAACCAGGCCCGCUGGGUUCAGCAGUUCAUAGCCGACAUGGAGGUCCUGCACCGGGAGACCAGGGAUGAGAACUUCAGUGUGAUCAUCGUGGACUUCGAGAGUGACGACAUGGAUGUGGAACAGGCCCUAAGGGAGAGCAUGGUGCCCAGGUAUGAGUACCUGAGACGAGAAGGAAACUUUGAGAGAUCCUCUGGAUUACAGAUGGGGGUGGAUGCCAUAGAGGACAGCCACAGUAUCGUGUUCCUGUGUGAUCUGCACAUUCACUUCCCCUUGAGCAUCCUGGAGAGUAUAAGGAAGCACUGUGUGGCGGGCAAGCUUGCCUUCGCACCCAUCGUCAUGAGGCUGGACUGCGGGAGCUCACCUCUGCAGCCCAACGGAUACUGGGAGGUUAAUGGCUUUGGCCUGUUUGGUAUUUAUAAAUCAGACUUUGAUAAGAUUGGCGGGAUGAACACAGAAGAGUUUAAGGACCGCUGGGGAGGAGAGGACUGGGAGUUCCUGGACAGGGUUCUGCAGAACGGUCUGGAGGUGGAGAGACUGAGACUACGAAACUUCUAUCACUUCUACCACUCCAAACGGGGCAUGUGGAAUAGUCCCAUAAAGAAGCCAACACAAGGCUAGCCAGUAGGGGGCACUGCUGUUGCAGCCGAGUCCCUGAGCUUCCUGGAAGCUUUGCUGAGAGUUCCGAAGUGCAGCCCGUUGGUCUUGCACACUGUGUCUCCCAACGUGGAUAAACUGUGGCAGGAAGGAGAUGGGCAUUUUAAAGCUGAAUUUCUACUGGUCAACGUAAAUCAAGUACUUUUUUGUCCCCAUAAUAUUUAGGGGCCUUGAAAAGUGCCAAACAUAGCAGCACACAGCAGAACUUGCACAAGUUCUGGAGUUUAUAAAUAUUGUGGAUAUUUUUGUUCUGUUUUUAAGCAAUAGAGUCCUCAGGUAUGAUAGUGUUUUGGUAAAUGGGUUGAUGUGUACACAGCUGAUAUAAAGAAAUCUUAAAUGGUGCUUUAUAAAUGAGGACAAAGAAGAAGUCCGAUAUACUACAGUGUGUUAUCUUUCUGCCUCUCUUUCUUUUUCUCCUUUUCUUUCUCAAAAUUAGUGAAUGACUUUUACAUAAAAUAAAUAUGUGGUUUGUACUUCCAAAAUGUUAAGCUGUGCUCUUAAAUCAGUUUGAACUGAACUGAAUUGAUCAUUAGAAGUAAUGAAUUAUUGUUUCUACAUAAGGAAGUUGAGUGAAAAAAAAAGUGGUCACGAAGGCCAUAUUUAAAGGAUAAUUUCUGUGAAAUUGCUUGUAGAAUUUAAAUAUGUAAGUUUAUCUCAUUUUCUUUCAUUUUCUUAUUUUCAAGAAUAAAUGGAGGAGUUACUCGAAUACGUUUGUUCCGUUACCUCCGGGCAUGUUGCAUCAACCCACAAGAGGGCUCUCGCACUCAGCGCGAAGUACGGAUUUUGAUACUGUAAACUGUAAACUGACUUCUCACAUUUAUGGAAACGUAACAUUGUCUAUAAUUCCUCUCAUUUCCUAUUAAAUCAUAAUUAUCGUGAUGUUAAGGCGCA